UGUCAAACCAUCACUUGUGAAAUAGUGGGUUGUCAAAAGUCGAAAUGUGUUGAGAGAGAUUAUUCACAUUUUAUCUUGGUGUUAAUUUAUUUUAGCUUCUAAAUCAGUUCCUAGGUAUAAAAUGUUUGCCAACGCGGCAUAUGUGGGUUUAAUUUAUUUUAUGUCGGCACUAGUUUUAACACUAGCCGGCCGUGAUUUUUACCAGAUACUCGGUGUAUCCCAUUCAGCUAGCACAAAUGAAAUUAAAAAAGCUUACAGAAAACUAGCGAAAGCUUUACAUCCUGACAAAAAUCAAGAUGAUCCUGACGCUUCCCAAAAGUUUCAAGAUUUGGGAGCCGCGUAUGAGGCUCUGUCCGAUCCGGAAAAGCGAGAGCUAUACGACCGCUGCGGUGAAGAUUGCUUAAAAAAAGAUGGUAUGAUGAAUAACAAUGAUCCUUUCGCGAGUUUCUUCGGGGAUUUCGGUUUCCAUUUUGGUGGGGAGCCUCAACAACACGAAACUCCCCGGGGUGCGGACAUUGUUAUGGAGCUCACAGUAUCUCUUGAUGAACUUUAUAAUGGGAAUUUCAUUGAGAUUACACGCAAUAAACCAGUAAUUAAGCCAGCAGCAGGUACUCGCAAAUGCAAUUGCAGACAGGAGAUGGUGACACGAAAUCUAGGCCCUGGGCGUUUCCAAAUGAUGCAGCAAACAGUCUGUGAUGAAUGUCCCAAUGUUAAAUUUGUAAAUGAAGAGAGACUCCUAGAAAUUGAGGUAGAAGUAGGUGCGCCAGACAGCCAUAAAUCAAGGCUACGUGGGGAGGGUGAACCUCAUGUGGAUGGAGAGCCUGGUGACUUGAUAAUUGUUCUCAGGACGGAAAGACAUCCAAGAUUUACUCGUAAAGGCGAUGAUCUCUACACUAAUGUUACAAUAUCUCUACAGGAUGCUCUCACUGGCUUCACACUGGAACUGGAGCACUUAGAUGGACACAAGGUUCAAGUUUCUAGGGACAAGGUGACGUGGGCGGGAGCCCGUGUGAGGAAGAAGGGUGAAGGAAUGCCAAACUUCGAAAACAAUAACCUCCAUGGAAACCUUUAUGUCACUUUUGAUAUUGAAUUCCCGAAACAAGACUUCACAGAUACCGAGAAAGAGGCUCUACGGAAAAUACUUAAUCAGACUCCAAAUAACAAAAUAUACAAUGGACUAUAAUCGCCAUGCUGCCAGUUUAAUUGGUUUUAGUAGUGAAAUGAGUGCAAAAGUGUGAAGAUGGAUAUGUGUUACCUGUGAGAGCAUGUGAUUGUUUUUAUAAAUUAAAUUACCUCCUAAUUUA